GAGAGAGAGGGGGGGGGGGGGGGGGCCGAGAGGGUGCGGGCACUAGAGAGAAAAGGUGGGGGUGUGAAUGACGUCACCUUCCAGCUACCGACGCUGCCAGCUGUGUUUCCUCCGAGCGGGCUGAGGAGCAGUCCUGCGAUCCCGCGCGCACCGUGCAACCCCGCGCUAUCGAAGGGAUUUAAAGCUUAUUAACUCCUAGAAAACAGCUCCCAGGAUCUGCAAGAAGGCAUAUUCGCACAGGAUUAUUAUUUCAUUAUUUAUUUCAAGAAGAAGAUGUGAAGGGUUUAUCCGCAAGCAGAUCAGUUAGAAAGGAACAACGCUGUUGGAAAGCUGAAGGUGUACCGCCACUGAACAAGGGAGAAAAAGAAGAAGAAGAAGAAGAAGAAGAAGAACCUAGAGAACACACCAAGAAUGGAGCUACAGGGCUUUUAAGAUCAACAAAGAGAGUGCCGAGUCAUCCUGCGUGAAGACCCGUCUUUUGCGUUUGGGGCCUUGGCUCUUGGCCAGGGUCAAAGGUGAAGCGAUAUGAUGGCCCGUGGGGUCGUGACCUUUGUGCCCUUCCUGCUCUCGCUCAGUGCUCUGCUGCUGUCGCUACACAGCUCAAGCGCCUUAUCUCUCCCCACCUUCACCAAGCUUCCCAUGGACCUGAUCGGAGUGUCAGGAGGGGCUGUGUCCUUCGUGUGCCAGGCCAGCGGAGACCCCAAGCCCAAAGUCACCUGGAACAAGAAGGGGAAGCGGGUGAACUCCCCUCGAGUGGAGAGUAUUGACUUUGAUGAAGGAGCGGGGGCAGUGUUGCGGAUCCAGCCCCUGCGAGCUCCCCGCGAUGAGAACAUCUAUGAGUGUGUGGCCGAGAACACCGUUGGGGAGAUCACCACCACUGCCAAGCUGUCAAUCAUCCGAGAGGACCUGCUCCCGACGGGCUUCCCCCGGAUAGACAUGGGUCCCCAGCUGAAGGUGGUUGAGCGCACGCGGACGGCCACCAUGCUGUGUGCAGCCAGUGGCAACCCCGACCCCGAGAUCAGUUGGUUCAAGGAUCUGUUGCCCAUCGACCCCAGCGCCAGCAAUGGACGCAUCAAACAGCUCCGAUCAGAGGCCUUUGAGGGUACCCCCAUCCGAGGUGCCCUGCAGAUAGAGAACAGCGAGGAGACUGACCAGGGGAAGUACGAGUGUGUGGCGUCUAACGUGGAGGGCGUGCGCUUCUCCUCUCCUGCCAACCUGUAUGUGCGAGAGCGCCGAGAAGUCCGCCGCGUCCCCCCGCGCUUCUCCAUUUUCCCCACCAACCACGAGAUCAUGCCGGGCGGCAGCGUGAACAUCACGUGUGUGGCGGUGGGCUCGCCCAUGCCCUACGUCAAGUGGAUGCUGAACUCCGAGGACCUGACGCCCGAGGACGAGAUGCCCGUGGGCCGCAACGUGCUGGCGCUGGACGGCAUCCACGAGUCGGCCAACUACACCUGCGUGGCCAUGAGCAGUCUGGGCAUCAUCGAGGCCGUGUCUCAGAUCACCGUCAAGUCCCUGCCCAAACCCCCUGGCACCCCCAUGGUAACCGAAACCACGGCGACCAGCAUCACCAUCACUUGGGACAGCGGCAACCCUGACCCGGUGCUCCACUACAUCAUCCAGUACCGCGGCAAGACGGUCGACAGCAAGUACGAGACCAUGGACGGCAUCACCACCACGCGCUACAGCAUCGGCGGCCUCUCGCCCAACACCGACUACGAGAUCCGCGUCUCCGCCUUCAACACCAUCGGCCAGGGCCCGCCAAGUGAGCCGGUGGAGGCGCGCACGGGCGAGCAGGCCCCCGCCAGCCCCCCCAGGAGCGUGCAGGCGCGCAUCAUCUCCGCUAACACCGUGGUGGUGCGCUGGGACGAGCCCGAGGAGCCCAACGGCCAGAUCAAGGGCUACCGCGUCUACUACACCAUGGACGACAGCCAGCCGCUCAGCCAGUGGCAGAUCCACAACGUGCAGGACAGCGUCCUCACCACCAUCCAGAGCCUGGUCUCCAGCGAGACCUACACCAUCCGCGUCCUGGCGUUCACCUCCGUAGGAGACGGGCCGCCCUCAGACCCCAUACAGGUCAAAAUGGUCCUGGGGGUUCCUGGCCAGCCGGAGAAGUUCCAGGUGGGGGCGGUGUCUGACACCAGUAUCGAGCUCACCUGGGAGACCGCAGGGAACCUGAACUAUGAGCUCCGCUAUAGAGAAGGAGCCAAAGGCAGCGAGGUGACUAAAAAGUUCGGGGCCUCGUCCUCGUACGUGGUGGAGGGGCUGAAGCCCAACACUGAGUACCUCUUCUCUCUGGCAGCCAUCUCCAAAUCGGGCAUCGGUGCCUUCACCAGUGAGAUCUCCCAGAAGACCUCCCAAGCCAAGCCCUCUGCCCCCCCUCAAGACGUGAAGUGCUCCGGCGCCAGCUCCACCUCCCUGCUGGUAAGUUGGCUGCCCCCGUCGGCGGAGAGCCAGAACGGCGAGCUGACGGGGUACGUAGUGAGCCACCAGGUGGAGGGAGCGGAGGUGGGCGCGGGGGAGCUGAGGGUGCCUGAUGCGCCCCCUAGUGCCCAGCAGCUGGUCCUGCAGGGCUUGGAGAAGUGGACCCAGUACAGCGUGAGCGUGGCCGCCUCCACUUCCAAGGGCCGCGGGCCCUACAGCGACCCGCUCGUCUGCCGCACCGACGAGGAUGUGCCCGGCGGCCCCCCUCGUCGUGCGGAGGUGGAGGUGUUGAACUCCACGGCGAUUAAGGUGACGUGGCGCUCGCUGCAGCCGGGGCGGCAGCACGGCCAGAUCCGCGGCUACCAGGUGCACUACGUGCGCAUGGAGAACGGAGAGUCACGCGGCCUGCCACUCAUCAAGGACGUCAUGCUCGCCGACGCACAGUGGGAAACCGACGAGUCGGUCGACUACGAGAUGAUCAUUGGCAGUCUACAGCCCAAUACCACGUACUCCGUUACCGUGGCAGCCUACACCACCAAAGGGGAUGGGACACGCAGCAAGGCCAAAAUUGUGGUGACCAAGGGAGCAGUGCCUGGGCUCCCAUCUCUGAGUGUGUGGCAGGAGACUGCGAGUUCGGCACUGGUGCGUUGGCAGCCUCCGGUGCCGCUGGUUGUCGGUGUGGAGGUCCAGGGCUACCGGCUGCAGUUCGGCCGUAAGGACGUGAGUCCCCUGGCCACGCUGGAGUUCACGGCAAGCGAGAACGAGUACACCGUCGCCAACGUGCACCGCGGCGCCACCUACCUGUUCAGGCUCUCGGCCAAGAGCCGCGGCGGCUUCGGGGACGAGGCCGCGCAGGAGCUCUCCGUGCCCGAGGAGGUGCCACGCGGCUACCCCCAGAUCGCCGACGGCGCCAACGUCACCUGCUGCUCGCUGCAGCUGUCCUGGCUGCCGCCGGUGCUGGCCGAGCGGAACGGCGCCAUCACAGAGUACACGCUGGCGUACCAGGAGGCGGACGCGGCCGGGGCGCCCCGCGAGCUCUCGCUGCCCGCCGGCCAGUCCAGCUACACGCUCAACAGCCUCAAGCCCAACGCCGCCUACGACAUCAAAAUACGCGCUCACACCAGUGUAGGUCCGGGCCCCUACAGCCCGCCCCUGCAGUACCGCACUGCGGCCCUCGGCUCAGACGUCCCCAGGAACUUCACGGUGAAGUUCGUCACCAAGACGUCGGUGCUCCUGACCUGGAAGUUCUCUGAGAGUCGUGUCCCAUAUCGCUGCAUGAUUGAGUAUAACCGUCAGAAGAUGGACGUGGACGCGCGUCAGAUGAAGACCCAGGUCGGCCGCCUGCAGCCCAACACCAGCUACGAGUUCCGCAUGUCGUGUCAGGACAGUGGGGAGGGGGCGCAGCAGCACCGGGUGCAGACACGCACCUCCCCCCCCAUCCAGAUGAAGAGGCCAGAAUUCGACAUGGAGAGGGAGCCCGAGAGCACUCUCACCAUCAUAUUACCCCCACUGGUGGCCAAGGACAUCAUCAAGAAUGUCUAUGUGGUGGUGGUGCCCAUGAAGAAGGCUAAAUCACCGCCGGCAACACCUGAUGAUGUCGAUCUGGAUGAGCUGCUGAAGGAGGCGGGGACUCAGACCCGGCAGUCGCGGCAGCUGAAGCAGGCGGACCCCAGCAGGCCCUACAUCGCCGCCAGCUUCCGGCCCGCCAGCCUGCCUCCCAGCUUCACGCUGGGCAACGAGCUCAUUUUCCGGGGCUACGAGAACCGCGUGUUGCAGGCCGGACAGGAGUACCGCGUGUUCCUGCUGGCGGAACUCAACUCCACCAGUGGCAGGAUGUUUGUGACUAGCCCCUUCACAGACACGGUGCCGGUGCCGGAGGUCGAGAGCCAGCCGGUGGAGUCCGGUGGAGACGGGCUGAUCUGGGUGGUGGGCCCAGUCCUUGCCGUGGUCUUCAUCAUCUGCAUCGUCAUCGGCAUCCUCCUCUACAAAAACAAGCCUGACAGCAGUAAACGUAAGGAGGCAGAGCCACGCACCAAAUGCCUGCUGAACAACGCUGACAUCAUGCCACACCACCCCACCGACCCCGUGGAGAUGAGGCGCAUCAACUUCCAAACGCCAGAUUCUGGUCUGAGCAGCCCACUAAGUGAAGGAGGUUUUGACUGUGAAAGUAUGGUGAGCCACCCCCCCAUCCCCAUCUCGGAGCUGGCAGAACACACAGAGCUGCUCAAGGCCAACGACAACCUGAAGCUCUCCCAGGAGUAUGAGUCAAUCGAUCCGGGCCAGCAGUUCACGUGGGAGCAUUCCAACCUGGAGGUCAACAAGCCCAAGAACCGUUACGCCAACGUCAUCGCCUACGACCACUCCCGUGUCAUCUUGGCUCCCAUUGAAGGUAUCACUGGCAGCGACUACAUUAAUUCCAACUACAUUGACGGCUACCGUAAGCAGAAUGCCUACAUCGCCACCCAGGGCCCGCUGCCCGAGACCUUUGGGGACUUCUGGAGGAUGGUGUGGGAGCAGAGGUCCGCUACCGUGGUGAUGAUGACACGCCUGGAGGAAAAGUCACGGAUAAAGUGUGACCAGUACUGGCCCAGCCGUGGCACUGAGACGUAUGGCAUGACCCAGAUCACCUUGCUGGACACCAUCGAGCUCGCCACCUUCUGUGUGCGCACCUUCUCCCUGCACAAGAACGGCUCGAGUGAGAAGCGCGAGGUCCGCCAGUUCCAGUUCACGGCGUGGCCCGAUCACGGCGUCCCAGAGUACCCCACACCUUUCCUGGCCUUCCUGAGGAGAGUGAAGACCUGUAACCCUCCUGACGCCGGCCCCAUUAUUGCCCACUGCAGUGCGGGUGUGGGCCGCACUGGCUGCUUCAUCGUGAUCGACGCCAUGCUGGAGCGCAUCAAGCACGAGAAGACGGUGGACAUCUACGGCCACGUGACGCUGAUGCGCGCCCAGCGUAACUACAUGGUGCAGACGGAGGACCAGUACAGCUUCAUCCACGACGCGCUGCUGGAGGCGGUCGCCUGCGGCAACACGGAGGUGGCUGCGCGCUCCCUGUUCUCCUACAUCCAGAAGCUGGCGCAGGUGGAGACCGGAGAGCACGUCACCGGCAUGGAGCUCGAGUUCAAGCGAUUGGCCAACUCCAAAGCGCACACAUCUCGUUUCAUCAGUGCCAACCUGCCCUGCAACAAGUUUAAGAACCGCCUGGUGAACAUCAUGCCCUACGAGACCACACGAGUCUGUCUGCAGCCAAUCAGGGGGCUGGAGGGCUCCGACUACAUCAACGCCAGCUUCAUAGAUGGAUACAGGCAGCAGCAUGCCUACAUCGCCACCCAGGGACCUCUGGCGGAGACCACAGAGGACUUCUGGAGGAUGAUGUGGGAGAACAACUCCACCAUCGUGGUCAUGCUCACCAAGCUCAGAGAGAUGGGACGGGAGAAGUGCCAUCAGUACUGGCCGGCGGAGCGCUCUGCCCGCUACCAGUACUUCGUGGUGGACCCCAUGGCCGAGUACAACAUGCCCCAGUACAUCCUGAGGGAGUUUAAGGUCACCGACGCCAGGGAUGGCCAGUCGCGGACGGUGAGGCAGUUCCAGUUCACUGAUUGGCCGGAGCAGGGUGUGCCCAAGUCUGGGGAGGGCUUCAUAGACUUCAUUGGACAGGUUCAUAAAACCAAGGAGCAGUUUGGCCAGGACGGGCCCAUCUCUGUGCACUGCAGUGCUGGAGUGGGCCGGACAGGAGUGUUCAUCACCCUGAGCAUCGUGCUGGAGAGGAUGAGAUACGAGGGCGUGGUGGACAUCUUCCAGACCGUCAAGAUGCUCCGCACACAGAGACCAGCCAUGGUGCAAACAGAGGAUGAGUACCAGUUCUGCUACCAGGCUGCUCUGGAGUACCUCGGCAGCUUCGACCACUAUGCAACGUAAGAAGCCAUCGCAGCGCCCCCCUCGACCGACUCCUGAGCCAUACCAACCAACAACCACCACGACCCACUCUAAACACCCAAAGGGGAAACGCUGAAGAAAAACAUCUCAAGUGUUGGAUUUAAAAAAAAAAUAAGUAAAAAAAAUAAAUAAAACGUGAAUCUUUUUAAACUCAUUUCUAAACGGCCAAUCAGAUGGAAGAGCCUGAUGGGGCAGCUUCAGACCAGAGGGAGCUUCCUCUCUACCGACCAGAUGGGAACCAAAAAACUACAGACUCGUGUUGUAGGGAGGGAUUUACGUGUCGGACUGCUUACUUUACCUCAAGUGUUCUGCUGUGAGGGCACUCAGUCGGCCGCUGACACCAGGACCACUCCAGUCCCGGUCCGGUCGAGUUCUCGAUCAGAUGCGCCAGGUCCAAACUCACGUCUGGGCCCGAGCGGUUCUGGAGUCAGCCGUUUGUCUGAGAAAUGAUUCAUCCUUUUUUGUGGACAUCUGUUUCAAACUGCAUUAAAAACACUUAUCGGACAGAGAAAUGGUGAAUGAAGGACACUGCCAUCUGGAGAUGCGAGGAGGAGCCUGUGGACACACACACACACACACACACACACAUAGGACCAGAUGCAGGAGGCAGGCGUGGGACAUGCGUGGGGACAGGCCGCUCUACUCCACUGCUGUGCAGAUUGAUGAGGGGGGGCCUCUGAGUGAGUAAAGAUCCUCAUGAACUCUCCUUAAUGAUGGACAGUGGGAGAGCACACACACACCCCCACAUGCACACACACACACACACACGCACACACACACACACACACAUGCACACACAC